AUGGCUACCUCGUCAUUGCUCACACUGGCGCUCGGGGUUGUUAUUCUUGUGCCAGGGGCCGUAGCGUUCAUCCCUCCAGUCGGCGAAAUCCUCCGAGCUGUCGACUUUUGUCCCGAACGAUGUGCUGUCUCCGGCCCGAGUACGGAGAACUGGUCCGUCUAUCCCAAUUUCAAAAUCAUCCAGAGGUGUCAACAGACUAUGUUUUAUGACUUUUCCCUCUAUGACCCUGUCGACGACCCGGAUACCAAUCAUCGAAUUCAGGCUUGUUCUUCAUUCGGCCUGGAUUUUAACAGCCUCCCAUCACAGCCAGUGGCCGCCAAACUUGUUGAGUCCGCGAACUCUAUUGAUGUCCAGUUUGAGUUAGGGUGGUGGCAUGAAGGCUUCGGUCUUGCUAAAGCCGCCAUCCAAUCUCUUGUGGGGCAGAUUCGCGAUUAUAUCGACAACGGCCACGGUAAUUCAGACCAACCAUUCAUUCUUUAUGGUCGGUCUGGACAAGCUACCAUCGGUGUCUACAUCGGCCAAGGUCUGCUAAACCAAGGCGUUAGCACCUCAGCUCUUCGAGCUUUCCAAGACAACUUUGAUACUCUAGACGUCACCACGCCUAGUUUGGCUAUGCAACUCUGCGGACCGAACUACGAUAGCACUCAUAUCUUCGGCGUUGUAGUUACUAGCAAUGCCACAUUCACUCCAAUCCAGAAUGCUAUCAAAUCCUGGGCCAAUGCAACGUGUCUAUCAUUUCUUGAAUCCAAAAACAUCCCUGGCAAGGCCACGUUCACGACGCCCCUCCUGGGUGUUACGUUGAGCAACCCCACGCCGAGCAAUUCUACUGCCUUCGACAUACAUGGCAAGCUUCUUCAAACGCGAGCCACUUGCAAGACAGUGCAGGUGCAACCCGGUGAAGGUUGUGCGCAACUCGCAGUCAAGUGCCGUAUCUCCGGUGCUGACUUUACCAAAUACAACCCUGGUAUUUGUGCCUCACUGAAGCCAAAGCAACAUGUGUGCUGCUCCAGCGGCACCCUUCCGGAUCUUCGUCCUAAGCCCAAGCCGGACGGGUCGUGCUUCUCAUACAAGAUUAAAACCGGCGACAACUGCGAUAGCUUGGCGGCCGAAUACGGGCUCACAAUCGAGCAGGUCAAGAACUUAAAUAAGAAUACGUGGGGGUGGUCUGGGUGCCAGCCGCUCUUUGCCGGAACCGUUAUUUGUCUGAGUACAGGAAGGCCUGCUUUUCCUGCUCCGAUCCCCAAUGCAGUGUGCGGCCCGCAAAAGCCUGGCUCCACCCCUCCGCCACCCGGCUCCAACAUUGCUGAUCUCAACCCCUGUCCCCUCAAUGCCUGUUGCAACAUCUGGGGCCAAUGCGGUGUCACUCAGGACUUUUGCGUUGACACCAAUACUGGCCCACCGGGGACUGCUAAACCUGGCACCUACGGCUGCAUUUCCAACUGCGGCUACGAUGUGAUCCCAGGGAAUGGGAACGGUGCCAUGAGGAUCGCCUAUUUUCAAGGCUAUGGGAUGAGCCGCAAGUGUCUUUACCAGGAUGCCCUCCAAAUUGACACGUCGAAAUAUACCCAUAUUCAUUUCGGAUUUGGUACCCUGACACCCUCCUACGAGGUCGAGGUUGGAGACAGGCUGUCUUCGUAUCAAUUCGGCGAAUUUAAGCGCAUUCAAAAUGCUAAGAGAAUCUUAUCCUUUGGUGGAUGGGAAUUCUCAACUUCUCCUAGCACGUAUAAGAUCUUCCGUGAAGGUGUUAAGGAACCGAACCGCUUGAAGAUGGCUACGAAAAUUGCAGAUUUCAUCAAAAAACAUAAUCUGGACGGUGUUGAUAUCGACUGGGAAUACCCGGGUGCGCCAGAUCUCCCCGAAUUUGAUCCCGGCAAGGCUGGGGAUGGCCCCAACUAUCUCCGCUUCCUUGCCGUCCUCAAGGGUCUACUUCCCGGUAAAACAGUCGCCAUCGCUGCCCCCGCCUCAUACUGGUACUUGAAGCAGUUUCCAAUCAAGGGCAUCAGCAUGGUCGUUGACUAUAUUGUCUACAUGACGUACGAUCUCCACGGCCAAUGGGAUGCCCAGAACCAAUACUCCCAGGAGGGUUGCGAUACGGGGAAUUGCCUUCGCAGCCAAGUCAACUUGACAGAGACCAGACAGGCGCUGGCCAUGAUUACCAAGGCCGGUGUCCCUGGAAAUAAGAUCGUUGUUGGAGUGACUAGCUACGGACGCUCCUUCGCAAUGGAAAAACCAGGUUGCUGGGGCCCCAACUGCAAGUUUACGGGUACACGGCUAGAGUCUCGUGCAACCCCCGGAAGGUGCACUGGCACAGCUGGGUAUAUUGCAGACGCUGAGAUUAACGAGAUUAUACGGGGCGGACCUGGUGGCAAGCGCCAAAGCCGCGUGGUCACACACUUUCUCGACCCUGUCAGCAACAGCAACAUCCUUGUGUACGACAACAACCAAUGGGUUGGAUAUAUGAGCGAGGAUACCAAACGGCUUCGGACGACGCUUUACGCGAGGUGGGGCAUGGCCGGCACCACAGAUUGGGCCAGUGAUUUGCAAACAUUUCAUAACCCCCCCAAGCCUAGGAAGGAUUGGCCUUCCUUUGUUGCACUGGCAGCUAGUGGAGCCGACCCGAAGGAGGAUACCACUACCAUCGGCAAGUGGAAGACUUUCGACUGCACACACCCCGUUGUCGUGGAUGAAUUCCGUGUUUCGUCAUCGGAGCGCUGGAAGGCGCUGGAUGCCGACAGUGCUUGGCGCGAGGUUGUUACUAAAUGGUUUAAUACUGACAAGCAUAACGGUAUUAAGUUCGUUGAGUCGGUGGCACGAACGCUUAAAAUGGGCGGAGAUAUGGGUUGCUGGUCAAUGAAUGAGAUCUACGACCACUGCCAUGGACCGACGGAGUGCGAGAAAGGUCUCGAUGGCCCGUUUUCUGGGCCAGCGGCGGAGCUUAUCUGGAGGUCGCUGGUCAGGGUCCACCAGAUGCACCAUACAUAUUACAAAGCUCUGGAAGGCGUGACGGGGCCCUUCUCACUGAGCGUUCGUGACAUGGAGAACACAUUUGCACCAAUCCCAGAGCCCAAGACCAACCAAUGGCUUAAUAUCUUAAUCGAUCUCCUCACUAUUGGAACCCUCACGACUGCUGCACCCUUCUUCAACGGGUUUCUAAAGCAGCUACCCGCUUUUGCUAACCCCGUGACGUAUGACAAUGCUAAGGAUACUGCUCUGAACCUUAUUGGCCAGUCAACUACGCUGGCAAAGGACGCAUUGAGUAGCCCUCCGUCAGGCACAUGGACUCCCCAGGAGCAAGAUAAAUUCUCUAACUAUAUGGGACAGGUUAUCUCAGGCUGGAUGGAUAGCACAGAGCAAACUCUUGGUAAACUGUUCAACGGCACUGAGGAAACCGUUAAGGUGAUCGGGGACGCCAUUGCGGAUGGAAAGCUUAUCGAAGGUAAACGGGACGGUGGAAGGCCCCCGCCGCAAGACACCACUGCAACCGAACUACGGACCAAUGUCCUGAAGUCAUUUUUCGGCUUUUCCAUCCCGACCUUAUGGCGCCGCUCUAAGACUUAUGCCUUCAUCAUUGACUCAGGCGCCAGCUGCGAUGGCAAGCCCCUCGGCAAGUAUCUCGAUGACAGCACUGCCGACAGGACUGGUGUCUGUUAUGAGGGAAGGCGGUAUUACCUAGUUCACCCGGAUGGAGACGCCCGACCUUGUACCUGCCAGAGAGUAACUGACCUCGGUCCCUGUCAGACCGUUUGCCGAGAUGGAAAGUUCUCUGCACCUGCAGGCAUAGACGAUCUCGGAAGGUUCGGCGGAAUCACCAAAGAAGACUUGGUUAUUGGAUCCGUGCGCACGUGGCUCCAAAAAGGGAAGACUAACGGAGGCGGCGGUUUAGAUCCGAUCAAGGACGGGUCAGUCCGAAGCGAGUUGCUCAAGGUGGACAUCACUAUUCCUGGAUUUAUCCGACUCCCUGUUUGCAGCCCUGAUCGCGCUUUCCAGUCCUGGCAUACAUCUUCAAAGGGCAGCAGUGACAACUACCCCUGCGAUAUCCCUCCAGGGAGGGACAGGUGCGGUGCCUCCACAUUUGAAGACAAGACUAGUGGUGCUUCUCCAUCGGUGUCAGACUGCCUGCAAAUAAUUAGGAAUAUUGAAGGCGAUGCAACCAGUGAGUGGACGCAUCGUAUUACUGGCCAGCGUAAGAUUUUGGAGUAUGGCUCUUGCGCCUUUGGUAUAGAAAGGACUGGUGGAACUGGCGGCGCCGUCGAGUUCAAGGUGGGUGGCCAGGACGUUAUCGAUGUUAUCAACGAUGCCGUCAGAAAAUUCGGGAACAACGGGAGGGUGGGUGCUAGAGGUAUCAUGUCCUGCGAUGGGACGACCGCUGGUACGCACGUAAACGUGCUAUGGGGCCUCUACUAA